GUGUGUGUGUGUGUGUGUGUGUUGCAGGACCCUGCAGGUGACGGCAGGAUGUUGGGGGUCUGUUAUCCUGAACCUGGACGCCCCUCUCUGGCUGAGGACAGACCUGCAGUGGUCCAACUAUCAGACGGACUCUUCUCUCUGCGAGGCUCCAGAAACAGUCUGAACUCCGUCCAGCCUGCAGGGCCUUCACAAGACCCAGGCUCCUCCCACACUCCUGUCACUUGUAGGGAGCGACAGAGGCUCAGCGAGCGGCAGAGAGCCAGCAGCACCUCCACCUUGGCGGCCUCUGUGGGCCUGCCCUCCCCCCUCUCCCCCCCUGGAGCUCUGGACAGUGGCAGCGCUGAGUGGCAUGCAAGUGAGCGGCUGAGCCAGGCCAACCUGGACGCCAUCACCUUCCCCGGAACACUCAGCAAUACGACCCUGGUGACGGACGGACAGAACAGACGCAGUUUCAGUAACUCCAGAGGAUUAGAAGACACUGCGGGAGACAUGUGUAGAGAGAGAGCGUCCAGUUUGGACAUGAUAGCAGGGUGUUCUGCAGAAAACAGCAAACAAGUUUCACCGGUGAUGCCAACACACCUGCCCCAUAUCCAGCUGGCAUCUUCACCAAACAGGAAGGACAGCGGAACCACUCCAUCAUCUCCGCCCCCAUCCUACCAUCCGUCCAUCCCCCGGCACCUGUCCUCCCUUCGGAUCUCUGAGUCCAGCCUCUUCAGCGACCAGCCGCAGCCGGUAGAGUCUACGCCAGGCCGACCGCUGGCUGACUUUGAUGAGGUUUUCCUUCAAAAUCCUGACCCUCCAUCACCACAUAUCAAAGAGACAAGCCUCCUGGAGGACUUCCCUCCUCCUCCUCCUCCCCUGGAGUUGGAGGAGGAAGCUGGACACCAGACUGUUGGGAGUCCAAGCAUGGAGUUCUUAAACAACUCCCUGCCCUCCCCUCCAUUGUCACCUUCUUCCUCCUCAAUUCCUCUGUCUGAACCCAUCCUCCUUCCUACCCUGACGCCACAGCCCUCAACCUUCACCACAUCCACCCAACCCUUGGACAGCCUCAGUCUGGAGUACCAGCACCUGCCCAGGAGGGAGAAGACCUGGGACGAGCUGCGAGUGGAGGCGCUGGCCCGGCAGCUGGUUUUGCAGGAUAGCUCUCUGGCGCCCCUCCUGGACACGUGGGGGGGUAAAUCCACCGUAGAGUUUAUGGAGGAGACUUUUCCAAACAGCAGAUUGGUUGGUAACUCACUGUGGCAAGGCAGUGGCAGAUUGGAGGACAGGAUCCAAGAUGGCGUCUGUGAUCCUGCACAGAGCUCGGCUCCAGGGAAAGAGUCAGAUCUGGAUGAGCAUGAGAAGGACCUGAACACCAAGAAGUUGGAGCUGUGUGAGGCUCUGCGGGGCAGCGUUGCGGCGCUGCGGCAGGAGAAGGAGGCGCUGAGUGAGGAGCAGAGGGGGCACCAGGAGCUGGGGGCCGGCGUGGAGACGCUGCUGCAGGGACACCUCAGACCCAACGAGAGGGACAAGUACAGCAUGUUCAUAGGUACGCGGCUGACGCUCACUCUUAACAGAAUGCAUUUAACCCUUUAA